AUGACCCCUGCUCGGCCACUGGCCCACCGGUCACCUUUGUCGAAUCUCUCGGCGACUGCUCCUUCGCGACAAGGCCAUGGGCGGACCGGUUCUCAAACAUCCCACACGAUCCUGGGUGCAUCGAACGACCGUAACCGAGUCGCGCGUCGCAAGUCUGUCACUACUGGGAAUGCGAAUCUCGCGGCUGUGACCGCUGUCUUCGAAGGCGAGCGGUCCGCGGCAUGGCCCAUCGCGGGGAGGAGGAACACUCUGUCACGACUAAGCCCUCCAUCACCUCCCGCAAGCCUGCCGCACUCUAGCCGAAGCAUUGGAAAUGCUGCAGCCGCACUGGGAGGUAGCGCUAUCGACGACGGCAAUGACGUGUCUGCGGAUGACGCCGCUGCCGGCAAGGCCACCAAGGCCAAAGCCAGGCGGGCCUCAGAAGGACAGUCUUCCAAGAAGUCCGGCAAGGCCGAGUUGAACUGCCAGCAGUGCGGCAAGGCGUACAAGCAUCACAGCUGCCUGACGAAACACCUGUGGGAACACACUCCCGAAUGGAGCGUGACAUCGAAGUACCAGAUUUCGAAGCACCAACAGGUUCAGCUGCUUGAAGCAGCCUCCGUGCUGAUUGGCAUGAACGAGAAGCCUCAUGACAACAAGCCUGCCACGCCACCCGAAUCCACCCAGGAUAACAAUAGCGAACCCGAAUCGGCGUCGCCAGCGGCUUCGGUCGAAUACUCGGAACCAGCGGAGAGAUACAGCUCGGUGGAUAGCACUCCACCGCCCGCGGUGGAGGGCGGCUACUCAAUUCCCCGGGCUUAUCGCAGCUCUAGCACCUUCUCUCGCAGCUACCAGUCAACUCCUCUGUACGGCGAUGGCAUGGCUUUUGGCCAUGCCCGCAAGCCUAGUGAUGCGCGCCCACCCUCCGCAGGCGUUGGCAACACGAACCAAGAGGACAGGGACCUCGCGCAGGCGUUGGUGGGCUGCAGUGUCGGCAGCAGCAACGGGGUCGCCGGCAAUGGCCGUGUGGUUCUCACUGAUGCGCCCGCGGUGCCACGUAUCCCUGAACAGUACCUUGGGCAAGCAACCUCGUUCAACAGCAACGGUGCGUUUGGCAUGAGUAGCUUCCCCAGCCGCGCCCCCGAGAGCUUCACUCGCGGAGACUUUAGGCGAGGCAGUGAAGAUGUCAAGAUGGGUGGUGAUGUCGAAUCUGGCAAUGACGACGACGAUUUCGAUCCGCCAGCCCGAACACAUAGCGACGACGAGGAUGAUGGCGUUUUUGGGUCCAUGGAGGAAUAA